UUUUAUUAUGUGUAAAUUUGAUGGCUUUGGAUUGGAGGAUGUGCAUUGAAGGCCAAGGGAAACAUCUGAAUGAAAUUUCAGACGUGAAAAAUUAAGCACCUUUCCGUAACAAUUUUCCCCUUGAGAGAAAGAGAACUUGCCAUUUUUCUUGUGACACUUCAAAGCGUAAUUAAAUUAAUGCAGCUUUUGAGAGGAACCGUCAUUUGCAGUAUUUGUGUUAGUAUAUUGACAUGCUAAAUAAAGAUACGGAGGGAAAAAUAAACAUCAUGCCGCUCAGACAAAGGGACCAGAAGUUUUUAUUUGCCCAGUAUUGUAAUGCCUUCCCAUCCGUUUAAUUCAACGGUUUUCUCAUCACACAAAAAUUACCGCUACCUGAGAAAAAAUCCGAUUUGCAUAACAAUAACCGUAUCGACACUAACUGUCGAUAGAGCGGUGUGUGCGCGUGCGCAUUGGAGCUUAUCUAAAUGAAAGGCGCUUAUUACAAACACAAUAACAGUCCGUGGAAACGUGUUUACUGGAGUGUCCACAGCCACACCAACACGCCGACUGUUACCAAUGCAUAGCAUGCCUCGGACAUUCUUGCUCCGUCGAGAGGAAAACACAACAGAACGAGACGAAAAUUGUCAUCCAGAAGACAGACAGUGGUCUCUGACAAGCACAGCUCCAGCGGCAGGUGCUGCCAAAAAUCCCACUAACAGUCGCAGAGUUCUGGGACAUCAGCACUCUAGAGACAAUCAUUCUGUACACGAAAUGAAACCUCUUCAGGAGAGAAAGACUUGCGCGGUGAAUUCGUCAGUUGUCGGAGACUCCCAGCAAUCUUCGUUGGAAAUCCUGGCAACCGCUGCCGCCCAGUGUUCAUUUAAGGCUUCUCCAGAAGCUCUUAAAAAUAUAAUGAAGCCAACAGAGGAUACCGGUUCUGAAAACGUGAUCCCCAGUUACUUACAGCAAAAACUCCCCUCCUUUGCAACGUUGGCUUACAACAUGGUUCGAAACAUGCAUGCAAAACCAAUGUCUGCAAAUGUUCGACAAGAGAAGAGACCUCACGGUGAUGUACGAUCCGGGUUCAAAUCUACUUCGUUACAGUAUAGACUGGCGACUGAUCGUGGGAAACUAAGAUCACCGAAGAAGUCUCCUAAAAAGAAAUCCGCUGUGCACAACCAAAUGCAUGAAAAGGAAAACGUUUCAACGCCAGCUAAUGAUGAAAAUAGACUUGGGCCGCUUUCUAUUAAGUCUACAUCAAGUACAUCCUCUCCAGCAAAAAAGAACAGUAUUUUUAGCGAAGCAGACAACUCAAGAGUCGGAUCAGAAAUUCUGAAGACAAAGCGCUCAAAUGAAAACGUUAUUGAGAAAUCCACGGAGAACAAAAACUCCAAAAACAGUCCAAAUAAAGAACUCAAAGAAGUCGUCGCAAAACCAAAGAUAUGGAAUCCCAUGUUUCACGAAUACACGCCAAAAAAGCAAAUUGCGACCGAAGAAGUUAAAAUUAAGUCCGAACCCAUUCAUAGCAACGUAUCCGGAAAUACUCCAAUCUCAGCGACAGUGCCGGUUCCUCAAAGAACACUUAUAAAACACACAGUGGAAUCGAUGAUCAAGAAAGAGGAGGUGUCUGUAGACAGUCCAAAGGUGUAUAUAGCGGAGGAUGUGACAAUCAAACGUCUGCUGCCCAAACACGAAGAGGAGCCGUCUGCUAAGAAAAUCAAACUCGAAAAUAACUCGAUUCCCGUUCCACAAACAAUUCCAACUUUAACCGAGAUGAAAACUCCAUCAAAAUUUCCAAAUAUCAAACAAGACUUUUCUUUAUAUAAUAUCUCGAUGACUCCAACGUCGCUAUCACCAUACUUACCACGCGGAUUUGAACCCUCACCGAAAACUUACGCCAAUGCACCACUGCGCCAUCUUGUGCCACCAAUGCAACAUUGUACCUUCUCCCCCUUCAGUCCGUCGUUUGGAAGAGCAGACAACAUUUUGACCCCCGAACUCUACAAGUCCCCCGUCCAGGUUCCACGUAAAUCCCCCACACAAUCUCAUCUGGAUACACCCCUGAAAUCAGGCGCCAUACCAGUACCUGUUCUUGCAUCUCCAUCGAUGAUCUCGCCUCAUAUUGCGCCAAAAACCACACUUAACGACGCAGUUGUCAGCGAAGAUAUCAAACCCCCCCUUCCAAGAGUACUUGCGCCAAAAUUUGCAGAGAGCGAAAAUCAACCUCUUUCAAAAGAAUUGCAACAGUCUUCAAUGGUAGAGCUGGUCAAUGGCGGCUUUGGAAUCAAAAACCCAUCUUAUCGCGCCCCAAAACCGUCCGACAUCACGAAUAUACAGCAAGAUUCUGAAACCGGAAAAGGGAAAUACGCCUGCAAAAUCUGUUCUAAAGAAUUUGGCUUGCAGCGACUUUUAAACCGCCAUCUGAAGUGUCACAGUGACGUCAAAAGAUACCUUUGUACAUUUUGCGGCAAAGGUUUUAACGACACCUUUGACUUGAAGCGUCACACAAGAAUUCACACAGGUGUGAAACCUUACGCGUGUAGCGAGUGCGACAGAUCCUUUACACAAAGGUGUUCUCUUGAAUCUCACUGUCGCAAAGUCCACAGCAUGGACAUCAGCUACGCUUACAAACAGCGCAGAAAUAAGAUUUACGUCUGCGAAGAGUGCGGCCAUUCAACGGCUGACGCAAGCAAACACUUCCUGCAUCUCCGAGAAAACCACCCAAACAACCCGGCGCUUAUGAAGUGUCACGACAGACGACAGUUCAAAUUUAAUGGCGGGGAAACAACAACGCAACAAAAUGUCCACCUGCCGCGGACGUGACAGGGAAAAAAAGACCUUUUAUUGACAUAUGUUGUAACCUUACCCACACGCUUACCCAGUGAAAAACAUUUUAAUUUAUAUUGAAUGUCAUGAUUGUCACUUUUCUUUUUUCUUUUGUCUAGUCAUACGAGAGGGAUUUGUACAGUUUUAGUUUGUACGGUGCUGAUUGCAUGGUAACGUGACUAUAAUGAGAGUAGUUGCUUGUUUCAUGUUUUGUAGUCAUUAAAUUAUUGAGAAAAAUGAA